AUGGCUUCCGACGACGAAGGACCAACAGUGGUCGCCUCGACAAGGCCGACAAAAGUUUCUGCUAAAACCUCAUUACAAAAGAGUCGACACGAUACCGAAGCCGAAGCCGAACAAAAGGCGAUCCAAACAUUCAGAAAAAAUGCCAUUGAGCAGUAUGGCAGGGGUGCGCAGGUACCUGUUAAGAACAUCAAAGCGAAGAGACUGCGGGAAAACAUGAAGCGUAUGGAGCAUAAGUUCAAGGAGGGAGCUGUACAAGCUAAAGCUGCCGAAUUGCUAUUGGAGGAAGACCCUGGUUAUUUAGAAGCUGAGGGCCUUGAGAAGACAUACCAUUUUUCGCAGAAGGAUCUUCAGAAGGAAUUGGACAUCGGAACUGCGAAAAAGGGAUUUGAGUUGAAACUGCCGACGUUUGGGCCAUAUUGUAUUGACUACAAUCGAAAUGGCACAGAUUUACUGCUCGGAGGAAGGAAAGGCCAUGUCGCAGCUUUCGACUGGCGAUCAUCUUCCCUGCACACCGAGUUACAGUUGAAUGAGACAAUCCGUGAUGUCAAGUGGCUUCAUAACUCCCAGUUCUUCGCCGUCUCACAAAAGAAAUACGUUUAUAUCUAUGACCUAAAGGGAAUUGAAAUCCAUUGCCUGAAGAGCCACAUCGAAGUUACAAACAUGGAAUUUCUACCGUACCACUUCCUUCUCGCUACAAUCGGAAAUGCAGGCUGGCUGAAGUAUCAGGAUACCUCGACUGGUCAACAACUCUGUGAAAUUAAUACGAAACUUGGAUCCCCGAUGUCGAUGACACAAAACCAGCGGAAUGCAAUUCUACACGUGGGGCAUGCAAAGGGACUAGUUACACUAUGGUCACCGAAUGUGACGACACCAUUGGUUAAGAUGCUGUGUCAUAAAGGCCCAGUUAGGUCUGUCGCAGUGGACAGAGAAGGGUAUUACAUGGCCACGGCUGGGCAGGAAUCCCUUGUCAGCAUCUGGGAUAUUCGGAUGUAUAAGAAAGUGCAUAGUUAUUCGACACCCAUACCAGCGAAAUCACUUCACAUAUCCGAUCGAGGCAUGUUAGCAAUUGGUUGGGGAUCCCAUACACAAGUAUGGAAAAAUGCUUUACGGACAAAGGCGAAUUCACCAUAUCUUCAGCAUCACACACCCGCAAAUGUUGUCGAGGAUGUUAGAUUCUGCCCAUUCGAGGAUAUACUUGGUGUUGGGCAUGCAGAAGGAUUUGAGUCCAUUAUCGUCCCCGGAGCUGGAGAAGCCAACUACGAUGCCUUAGAAUUGAAUCCGUUCGAGAGCAAGAAACAACGGCAAGAGGCUGAGGUUAGAUUGUUAUUGAAUAAAUUGAAACCUGAGAUGAUAUCGUUAGACCCAGACUUCAUUGGUACGUUGGAUCGGAGAAGCGCCUCAGAGAAGAAUGGGGAGACGUGGCAAGAUGCCGAGAAGAAAAAGGCCGAGGAAAAAUUACAACUAAGAAAUCGUCAGAGGGGCAAGAACUCUGCACUCAGGCGGCAUCUUCGUAAGUCAGGCAAGAAAAAUAUCAUCGACCUAAAGCGCCUCAAACUCGAGGAAAUGAAGGAAAAGCGGAAGAGAGCAGCCCAAGGAAUUGCGGAAUCAAAGCGGGAAGAAUUGGGCCCUGCAGUCGCAAGAUUCUACAGACCUCCUGCAAGGUGA